ACGCACAUUAAUUAAGCACCAUGAAAACCAGACCAUCAACAUGCAUGUCCCUUCGAUCCAUUCUCAAUCAUCUUUUACUUAUAACUUUCUGUCAGUUCACCAUAUUACAUGCAACUGAUCCUCCCUUAUCCAUGGAGUACUACAAGACGACAUGCCCAAACGCAGAAGCCAUAAUCAGGAAAGAAAUGGAAUGUGCUGUUUUAACCGAAACCCGAAACGCUGCCUUCAUCUUACGUUUACAUUUUCACGACUGUUUUGUACAGGGAUGUGAUGGGUCAGUGUUGCUAGAAGACACAGUCACGUUUCAAGGAGAGAAGAACGCUCCCACGAAUUUAAAAUCGCUGAAAGGAUUUGACAUCAUAGAUAGGAUCAAAGAAAAGCUUGAAUCCGAGUGUCCUGAGACUGUUUCUUGUGCUGAUGCUCUUGCUAUCGCUGCAAGAGAUGCUACUGUACUGGUUGGUGGACCUUAUUGGGAUGUCCCAGUUGGGAGGAAAGACUCGAAAACAGCUAGCUUUGCUGAGGUUGAAACAAAUAUACCAGGUGCCAACAUUGGGCUGCUAUCGAUCAUCGCUAAGUUCAUAUACCAAGGUCUCUCUGUCACUGAUAUGGUAGCGCUUUCUGGUGUUCACACAAUUGGCAUGGCUAGGUGUACGAGUUAUCGAGCAAGAAUCUAUGGAGACUAUCAAAUAACAUCCCUAAUGAACCCGAUCGCUGAUUCAAACCUCAAGAACUUAAAGUCAACAUGCCCAGAAGUUGGAGGAAGGGACAAUCAUGUGACUGCAUUGGACUACGUUUCACCUAAUCUCUUCGACAACUCAUAUUACCAUUUACUAUUGAGAGGAGAAGGCCUUCUUAACUCGGAUCAAGAACUGUACUCAAGUGUUCUUGGUGUAGAGACAAGGAAACUUGUGAUGAAAUACGCGUUAGAUCCAAUUGCAUUUUUUGAACAAUUUUCAGAGUCAAUGGUGAAGAUGGGAAACAUUACAAAUCCCAGAACUUAUGUGGAUGGAGAGGUCAGAAAGAAUUGUAGGUUCACCAAUGAAUAAAACUGGUUGUGUCUUCUUGUAUCUUGUGAUUUGUAUUAAUAAUAAUUUGUACCAAGUGAAGAGUGUGAAUGAUAAAAGAAGAGUAUGAGCUAAACCCAUAAAUGCGAAGCUCUUUUCUUCGUAUAUAUUUUACAUCCACCCAAAAAUGUUUAUGUAGAUUAGAUUUAUUUGUCUUGAA